AUGGGUUUAGUUUUAGGAAUUGGCUCUGGUCUUUUUGCAUUAAUAAUACUAUGGAUUGUUGGUCUUAUUCUUUGUGUCGUAUUUUCAAGGGUUUCUUCUUUGAGGUAUGGCUGGUCAGUGCUGUAACAGUAAUACAAUUUAUUUGUAACUAGUUAUAGUUACAUUACCAAAAACAUAACUAGUUACCGAUACAAGUUACAGACGCCAAAGUGUAACUAGUUUCAGUCACAAAGUUACAAUAUAUUUUUUGUAACUUACUUCAAUAUGAUCUCCAUUCUCCUCUAUAAUAAUUAUAUAUUGAAGAAAGAAUGCAAUUUAUAUAGCAGAAUUAAAAUAAAUAAAAAAAUAAAAUAGAUGAUCUUGUAAUAUGUUACAACCAUUUUAUCAAAAUCUCAAGCAAUAGUGUCACACAAGAAACUCAGUACUAGAUGUUAUUGGCCUAUUCCCUUGACCAGAAAGAUUGGAAAUUGUGCACAUGAGAUUUAAAAAACUGAUAGGAAAUAUAUAGAAAGCAUCAAAAUUGUGCACCCAUAUAGUGUGUUUACAAGGCGUAAAAAAGAAAUACCUGUGGUUCCGGUUUCAUAUCAUGAAAAAAUUAGGGUUGGUAGGUCGGAAAUAAAUUUUUUUUUUGAAUAUUUUUUUUCAUGGUUUUGGCGGUUUUUUGCUGGGCGAUUUGCAGUACUUAGAGUCCCAACAUCAAUAUUAACUAGAGAUGCGUAUUUCCUAUGGACGAAUUUAGGCAAUUUGGUUCAAUAUUUUAUAGUGUGACAACAGACGUCAUUUUGGCACGCUGUAUGAGCCGCUCGCAACCGGCCAAUCGCGUUGAAAAAAUAAUAGGGUCGGCAGAAAAAAAUAGGGUCAGUCGGGAACCGGAACCACAGGUAUUUUUUUAUGCCCAAGGCUAUAUGUAGGACCAAAGCCUCUCAUGUGGGAAUAGUUAUGUCCCCCACUCUGCCCCCAUAGGACCCCUGGGACCAGACUCUCAACAAAAUUGCCCACCCCUGGGUGGUUUUUGCUGGUUCUUUGUAAAAUUUAACUAGAAACUAAUUAUUUGUGAAGAAUUUAUUAAAAUUUGUCUGAAAAUCUCAAAACAAAAUAACACAUGAUGUGGUCGGCACUACUUCAUUUUAUCCAUCUGUUUGUAACAGUUGGUGUGCAUUCCCCCAGGUGUUGCCCAGGGACAGGAUGGUAAUGUAUUACUACUGACAGUAUCUGCACAUGCUGGAAUUCCUCAGGGCUUGAUGCCAAAUUGGCCUGGAAUUCUUAGCAUUCCAUGCAAAAUUGGACUGGAAUAUUCAGGCCAGGGUAAGGUAUAUAUUUGUGCUUGGAAUGCCUCAAGGGUAAGGCAUUUAAGCUUGGAAUUUCUCAGAGUUUUAAGGUACUACUAUUUCAGGGACUGAAGAAGUGGGGGUGCUGGACUGAAGCUUCCCUCCUAUCCCGAUACAAGUGUGUAAAGAUUAGUAAAGCAGUAAUCAGUAAUAGAGUGAUACAAAGGAUAUAUGCAUUCCGCCUAUAUUGAAAGUUCCCCAUAACCAACUGCAUGAAUGAUCGAUAUCCAUUGGACAUAUUCCAUUUCCAGAUCACCAAAACAAAAAUCAAAAUCAACAGGAUGUGCUUAAUAAAUAUGCCAUGAAUUGUGUUAUGCGAACUCAUUUAUUUUUCUUUUUUUCAGUCAUGUGUAUACUAUUUUUAAUUCUCUACUAAAUAAAUGUCAAAUACAGUAGACAUGUGUUUUCAGACAUAUAUCUGCCUGUCAUCAGGAGCUACACAUGAUUAAUGGUCACUUUAUUAACAAAAGUAUUGUGGAAAAAAGGAAUUAUACCAAAUGGUUUUCCGUGCAGGCCGGAUAGCGUCAUGCACGCAGGAUGUUGAUAGACUUUCGGAAAGUGUAAUAUGCGACCUAUACUUUGGAAUUGUACAGUAAUAGAGAAAGGUGGUUGGGCUGAGAAGGGUUGGAAAAUGGAAGUUGAUUAAAACCUUAUGUCAGUUGGCCAGUUUCAUAUUCCAUGCUGGUUAUUACCAAGAACAACUGUAUAUUGACGUUCACCAUCAUAUGAAGGUUUCGUUAAAAAGAAAUAAAUGUAGAAGAUGUAGAUUUUACAGCAACAUCUUGACAAUUCCACUAUGUACUGUACGCUUGUAGAUUAAUUAUAAUACAUGUACACUGUAGUUUAAAUGUAUAAUUUAAUUAACUGCCCAAGUAUGGUAAAGUAUAGCCAGAUAACUAUGCCCUACAUGUUUUUUUUUUAGAAAUGGAGUGGUUGGAGUAGGAAUCCUGGUGAUAGGUGUGACGGUCAUUUUGAUUUUUUAUCCACGAGAGUCAGACGACGGUUCUGGGAAAACAUCAAAACAGGUAAACUUUGACUCUAAACAGAUACCAUUUACUUAUUAAAGCAUUCAAUUAUCUCUUCUUUUUGUUUAGCCCGUAGACAACCUUUCUGUAUUACGUACGACCAUAUUUGUGUUUGCAUGUCUAUUUGCUGUCGUGUCCAUGGUGCUUAUGCUAGUAUUUCACUGGAUGGAACCUCAAUAUGCACCUGCAUUGCUAGCAAGAAAGAAAUAUACAUUCUAA